ACGAAGACCACAGCGGCAGUCACGCAAAGUUUUGUUAGCGCCAAAUUUGAGCUUUUAGCAAAUUUAUCAAAAAGAGAGUGUACUUUUUUUCAUUGGAAUAUCAAGAUAAGUUAUUCAAUAUCAGAAAUGACCAUAAGAAAUCAGCAGAAAGGGGGCAGAAGGUCCCAGCCAGCGACAGUUGUCACUCGUAUGUCAAGACGAGACUGUACAACGAUCAAACUAAGGAGGAAAACUCCAUCUUCAGAAAUAAGACCCGACAUCAUGAAAAGAGACAGAACAUCAACAUAUUUGACCACCAGAUCUCAAACCAAAACUCGGCGAUCAACUCACCGUCAAGCUGAAGUGUCCAAACUUGUGAAAACGACCAAACAGAAAUUAGACUCAUCUACUGUAAAACUCGUUAAUAAAAGCAAAUCAGAAAAUAUUCACAAGAAUCUUGCAACCAAAUUUACCGGAAAGAAAAUUGACAUUGAUCAAGAAAAUGAGACCGAUGAUCCCAAGCAAGCUCAAUAUUUGUCCAAUGAGGAGGAGACGAAACCCAAAUGUGUUCAAGAAACAAAUGUGUCCAAGGAAGAUAUAACACUUGAGACAGAUAAAGAACAGAUUGUAACCAGAUUGGGAGAGGGAGAUACUAACCAAGGAAAUGUUGACGGGCCGUAUUUGAUCAACUCUAUUCCACAAACUCCCAGGCCAACACGGGGUUCGAAACAUGACUACGCCCAGCUUGCAGGAAUAAAGAGACGUUCUCCACCGUCUCCUGAAUUACCACGAUUCGCAAGGAAAGCCAGACGCCAUAGUGAUAGAGCUCGCAAAAGGACGCGACAGGUCGACGCGGAAGACAAUCUACAGAACGCCUCUUGUAUACACCCUACAGAUGUAUCAGAGGAACACGACCGUGCUGAAGAUAUGCAAUCUCCAAAAGAAUCCCAGGCAACAUGCGAGAAAUUGGUCACACGAAGCAAGAAAAGGCAUAGGGACAAUGGCGAGAAGUCUACAACAGAGCAACGCCUAAAGAUUGUCAAAAAUCCGUUUCUUGAAAGAGACAGCCAGCAGAAAACCAGAAAGAGGCUGCUUAGGAACUGUAGCACAUCCGCUGAAGCCACGGAGACGGUCUUCUUUGUGUCUCCAAAAGAGAACGAAACAGAUGUUGUUGAGUCUCCUAAAGUUCAUGAGACACGUGCACGUGUCGUCGAGUCUCCAAAAGCCAAAGAUACGAUCGUCGUUGAGGAGUCCAGUGAAACUGAAUGUGAGACCUCGUGUGAAUUGGAUUAUUAUGUCGACGAGGCCGAAACUUCCCCGGAAUUUGUAAAAUAUUUCCACGAGACCAGACGUCCACCCAAACCCGAGCCUGAUGUUUACAAUUGGCCAAAAGAAUGGCUGCCCAAACCCGACACCCCACUGGUCCCCGCCGAUACAUCAGCCCUGGAGAUUGAUCCCCAAGUAAUAAAGCCACCUCGUCAUGUCUUUGAGAACACUUUCUACCUCCAAUCUCCACCAAAGAUGAGGUCGGAAAUGGAACGUUGGAAAUUUAAUUUUGACUACAGUCCUGAGGUCGAAACAGCUCGGUUGAAGAAGAUCAAGGAAACAGAAAGUCAAUUGCUGAGUGAGACUGUUACUGGACGUCGCAGAACAAAGAUGGAGAAGUUGGCCAUCAAACAGGAAGCAAAAAGAAUUGUCGACACAGAGGAAUACCUGGAAAAGUUGGCAAGAUAUAAGGACAGGAAGGAAAGGGACAUGGAGAUUAUGAGAGGCGUAUACAAAGAGAGAGACCUUGGAGAACCCCUCGAUACAGACAAUAUAGCAAAAAUGGCAAUGGACAUCAAACGCAGAGUUUACCUCAAAUCCAUGAAGAUCUCUUAUCCGGACCAUAUCCUUGUCGAGGAGAAUGAAACGGACAACGGAAACGUCGAUCUUGACUUCACCGUCCCCAAAGUAGAUACCAUCACCAAUGAGGCUAAAACUGGCACGAAUCAGAUUUUGCAGGAAAGUGAAACUUCUCUGGAGAGAAAUCUGGGUGCUGUCUUCCAUGAAGCCGAGACCAGGCCGGCCCUUGGAGUCAACUAUAUCUACGAGUCCUACAAGAUGGAGAGAAACAGGAAAUUGGACCAUUCUUAUAGUGACAAUCAUGAACUGCACGCGGAAGGUGUAGGAGGAGAGAUGGCCGAGAGUAAACCUCGAGGUGCCGUCAGUGAGCCAACCAAACGUAUGACAUUAUGGUUUGGACACGAUAAACACCGAAAAACAGAGCAAUACAAAAAGCAGAAGUAUUCCGAAGUGAUGGCAGACUGCAGCAGCAACUCUUAUGGGUCCAAUUAUGAUGCCAAAGAAACGCAAAAAUGUAAACCAUCGGCAUCAUAUUAUGAAAACGAGGCAAUGGUUAUGCCGUCAAAGUACAGUGAGAGGGAAGAGCCUGAUGAUGAAGAGGAACGUAAUUAUGAGGCGGAGGGGGAGGAAUUUGAAGAGGAGGCCAUUUCCCAGUCUCGUUUGACUUUGUGGUAUGGUCACAGUAACAGCAACGCCGAUGACGAAGACGAGGCGAUCAAACUGAUGUGUGGCGGUAGUCAGAUGAUGAAAUUCGAUGAUGAUUGUGAUAAAGAAGAGAUGACAGAGGGAUUUUACAAUACUAAAAGUCAUUCUACUCUGUGGUAUGGCCAUGAUGAGGUUACAAAAUCGGGUGAGGACGACAGUAUUGGUCGAGGCACUAAAAGAAAGUUUGAAGAACUGGAAACAGAGGAUGACGAGGAAAUGGUAGAUGAUGAAGAUGAAGGCGAUGAAGAACUAACAUUUACCAGGACAGUGCCUUUCCUUCACCUUACUACAGAGGACCUCCCUCUUCGGGUCCAAACCCAGACCUACAAGUUCAAAAGGAUGUCACGUGAUGCCAAGAGCCCGGAUGUUCAAAUCGAUCGCUGAAACAUUAAUCGUGAACAAUUUAAUUCAUUCUUUAAAGACACGUAUACAGGUCCCUUGUGCCAACUGUCAUUAUAUGUGUUAUCAUGCUGAGCUAACUUGAUGGUCAGAAGUAAAGUCUGGUUGACCACAGCUCCUAACGACUUGUAUGUUCAAAGAAAUUCAGUGCUUGGCUGGAUGUUAAUGUACCUCAAUAUAGCUUUUAACAAGUUGUGAGCGCGAAGUAUUCGGGUGCUUGGCGGGAUUUAAAUGUUGGCCAGUGUCACUUUAAAAAAAUUGUGAGCACGUAUAUGUCACGUAAUACAGCUUAUAACAAGUUGUGAGCACGAAGUAUCCGGGUCCUUGGUGGGAUGUAAAUGUCACGCAAUAUAGCUUAUAACAAGUUGUGAGCACGAAGUAUUCGGGUGCUUGGUGGGAUGUAAAUGCCACGCAAUACAGCUUCUAACAAGUUGUGAGCACGAAGUAUCCGGGUCCUUGGUGGGAUGUAAAUGUCACGCAAUAUAGCUUAUAACAAGUUGUGAGCACGAAGUAUCCGGGUGCUUGGUGGGAUGUAAAUGUCACGCAAUACAGCUUAUAAGAAGUUGUGAGCACGAAGUAUUCUGGUCCUUGGGGGAUGUUAGUGCAUGUUUGUAGUGUAUGUGCGUGGUCUUGGGUUGUCUGAGAGGGAUACAUGAUUAAGUCGUGCGUGAGUCGAUAUGACAGAAAUAACGUUAAGGAAGCUAGCUCAAUGGCAAUCAGAAACUUGUUGACCUUCAGCUUAGUUCAACACAGUUAAGUUUCAAAGAUCAUGAAAACAUUUGCAAUUUCUAUUCAGCUAUUUUAGAUAAUCACUUUAUGAAUAUUGAGCGAUAUGGUCUGUAAUUUAUUCAUUCAGACAACCAUACUUUUUUCUUCAACUUUUACAUGUGUUUUUUUUAUAAUUUUAUUACAUUUCCAAUAGCAUUAAGUUCGUAUACUAGUAAGACUUUUGAAUAUGUGAUAUUUACCCUUGAUAUAAGUUUUUUUACUAAGUAUUUCUAUUUCUGGUACAACAUCAUCUAUCAUUACCGAUCUCUUCAGACAUCUGUGA